UAAGUGUUGAGACCUUAUAUGUAAACUCAACACAAACUUCACUGAAUCUGGACUAGAAACAUUUUGAUUAAGAAAUGCACUCGUGCAAAUAAACUUAGUCAAAUUAGGCUGUCCUUAAGCACUUUGAACCAACUGAGUGAUGACAGCCAAGUCCUUAAUCGCUGACCUGCACUUGAAAUUUGCAGAGAAGACUUGGAGCGACACCUUUCAGCUUGUCCGUAGAUGCAUGGACAAAUCAAGAGAUGACUCCAAGCCUCGUGAGACACUGGUUCGUUGCAUGGAACGGCUCCACGAAGCUCUGCAUGUGUCCUCGGUGAAUGGCAUGAGGUCUCGUCUGGAACUGAUAGCUAAACAAAACGGCAUGGGCUUUCACUUUACCGAGGCCACGUGCUACUUGACAGCCGACCUGUUCUACCUGGAGGUGGUGCUGUUGCAGGGGGGAGGGGUGGAGGAUGUCAAGGUGGCCCCACAUGGAGAAGUCCCCAUGUCGAGUGAGUCCCUUCUUCAGCUGCUGAGAUUGAAAGACUUUGUGGCGUUCUCAGUGAAGUUGGCUGACCUCUCUGCCUUUUACAACUUCCCUGGAGAGAAUGAAACCAAAAUAAAACUGUUUACAUGUCUGCAGAACCUCGGGCAAGAUUUGCAGAAAAUAUCACAUUUGUCAAGUGCACUAAAGGAGUGUGACUGCCAAGAGGACAUGAUUCUCAACGGCAGGAUCGGGCGUCUAAUAGCCAGAAAAGAAGGUUUCCCGCUGACUGUACAGUUCUACAUCAGUCCCACUGAAGUUCUGGAAACCUCAGAUUCAAAUGCACUUGUAAUUAAAGAGAUUUCAGAUGUGGAGCCAGUUGUCCAGACAGCCCAGGUGAUUGUGGGUCUCAGUGAUGCGACACACCAGCUUCAGAUGGCCUCUUUGAUGCCACAACUUGAUCCCCAAGGUCAUCCCGUGUUUACUCCUUUGAGUGAGGUGCUGCAUGAGACUCUGCCUGCCUGCUUCCUGCUCAGACUACAGCCGGCCCUGCCGACGCUCUCCUCUUUUGUAAACAAGCUAAGCCAGGUUACAGAUGUAACUAUACCAGAUGCUGACCUGCAGUGGGCAGCCUUUCCCAAGCUUCUGAUGAGAAGUUCACUGAACACAAAGAGUCCUGGGGAAACUUUUGAUGAGCAGGAUACCAUUUUUAUGGUGCCUCUUCCUGGUGAAAUGAUGCACAGUUAUGUGUUCCCUGGAGCUGCAUGGGAGGCGCCUGCCCUAAAAGGGACUGUGGUGAAGAGCAUUCCCUUCACCCACCCUGCCCACGUCCCCGCCCUGUUGGAGCUGCUUCGUCAUCAGUGCACAAUCAACACCUUAUUAAGUAGCUGUGCCACCUCCCAAUGGGCAAGUCCAGUUCCUUCCCUGCACUUCGAAGUCCUUCCAGAGUCUGACACCAGCUUCUCUGUGACCUUCCUUCGACCUGACAUCGACUCCCUUGCUGUUUUGCUAGUGGAUGUUCCUGGCUCUCAUCAGGUUACAUGCAGCCUGUUUGGAAUUGACGAUCCCUCCAUGGAUGAAUACAUUUCCAGUGUGAUGAAGAGGUCUCUGUCACUUCCCGUCACCAUGAGGGCUUUAUAUGGCAAGCUGAGGGAGAUUUCCUCUCCUCUUCCUCCUGUGUGCCCAGCCACUACAGAGGCUGGAGACGACCGGCCAGCUCCCUCUCCUGUCCUCGUGUCCUCCAACAGCGAAAGCGCCACUGUUGCAGAGUCCAGCUGUGGUCCUGCGGCUCCCUCGACUCCAGUUUCACAGAGUGUACCAGGGCCAGAGGACAGCUCCACAGUGCCUGCUCCAGCCUGCUUUGUCAUGUCUGUGGCCACAUCUGAGCUUCUUCCUGAAAUAAAAACAAGUCCCCCUGUCAAACCUUAUCCAUUUACCACUGUGGGUGUGUUUUCACAUUGAAUUACCAAUAACUGCCCUCAUCCAGAGCUGAUCUAAAGUUCAUAAGUGCAUUACAUGUGAUAUCUUUAAGCAGUUAAGCCUUGAAGUUGUUGAUUUAGUAUUUUUAGAACUGAUUAAAUAUAUUGACCAAGCA